AUGGAAGGAAUCGAUGAUUUGGAUUAUAAUGAGGAAAAUAAUGAGCAGGAAACUGUACACCACCCACAAUCAAAUAAAAUAACUUUUUCGGAAGAUGCAACUCAACGAUCGCCGAAUUCAACUUUUGAUGAAGAGGAUGUCAAACUUUCUUCGGCCGAAAGGAGAGCAAAGAGGUUCGGAAUCGAACCAACCGUGAAAAUUGAGGUAACAAAAGAAGAUUGGGAAGCUUUGUGUUCAGACUUACGCAUUCAAUCUGGCUUACAUUCAGCACGAUGUGUGGUUGUUAAGGGAGUAGAUGGGAUGACCAAGUUUACAGUAGAAAAAAUUUUUGCAGCGUUCCAACCUUAUAGAGUAGAGUUAGUGGAUGAUGUGACUGCAGUUGUAAUGUUCACUAGUAAAGUCGAAUCAGGGGCGAUGUUCAUUGAAAUGACAAAAAGUCUCAGGAGAAUUAAACGACAUCGCCCUGCUGACGAAGACGGGGAAGUGUUAUCCUCUGAUGAUGAGGAUGGACAAUUAAAAGACGAAGCUGGAGAUGAUGUAGCAGUCGUCAUGAACACUGAUGCUUCAGAUAACCGAACAAGUCGCGCUGACGUUGUUGAAGUAGACGUCAGAGAUGUAAAUAUACCUGACGGGCGUUGGAGAGUUGUAACGAAACAUGUACCAGAACAUCGUUUCCUUCUAGCGCGAUACGCUACUGUACAGGAGGUUCACGAUUACCGUAAAAACAGAAACUUAGCAACUGUUGAUGAAACUAAAAAACGUAAGGCAGAUGGAACGUUAGAGGAUACAGAAGGGUAUACUUAUAACUGGAACACUGACGACAAAGUCAGACCCGGAUUGAAUAUCUUUGAUGACGAUGGCAAUGAGUUGGAAUGGGAUUAUGAGCAUGAUACUCGUUUCUACAAUGGUGAAGCAUUGCCCGAUGAUGAGAAGGUGAAGCCAGAAGACCAGGAAGGAGCCCCAGUAGCUGUUAAAACGAGAGGAAGAGGAGCUAAGAAAGGGCGAUUUUUGUAUGAAAUGGGUGGUGGGUCUACCCUUGCUUCGGAUUCUAUAAACGAUACCAGCAGUAUUGCGGCUACUCAGGAUGAUCGUGACUCCGAUGUAGAAUCUGAACCUGAUCAUGAUCCAACACCAACGUUACAGCCAUGGGAUAGAGCCUCAAGACUUGGAGGUCGACUUCAAACGAGGAGCAAGUGGUAA